CCAUAAAUUGAAACGCACGUCCAGUUUGACAACACAGUCUUAUUCCAAAAUUCCUAAAAACUAAAAAAUGGUACAUUUUUUUGUAACCUCAUUCACCCAAAUGGGUUUGUUGUUGGUUUUGAUUUGUUGGACGUCUAGUUCGACUGGCGCUACUUUCUCCUUGGAAGAAGAAUUUCGACAACUGAAAGAAAAUUACAUUCAAAUAAAAGAAGACGUGAAAAGUUUGGAGGCCAAAGAUUCACAACUAAAAAGCUUGGAGUCAAAAGUGAUUCAAUUAGAGUCAACAGUGACUGAACUAAAGGCCAAAGUUCAACAACAAGAUUCACUUUUAACUUCCAUUUUACGAGAGAAAAAUGAACGCACAGUAGCCACCGAUACUGACUCUUCUCUGACUAGCAGUAACCAAAAUAACCAAUCAGCAGUUGCCAUAAACGGACUGCCAUCUUCUUGCGAUGAUCUCAAGAUGAUGGGCCACAUCUGGAACGGAAUUUAUUUCGUCAUGGGAACAGCGAAGAUUGAAUCCGUUUACUGUGAUUUCACAAAACUCCCUAACGAUGCAGGAUUUCAGAAAUGGAUCGGAUAUGCUGACGUCAAAUCAGUACCCGUCUAUUUCUAUGUCCAAAAGUUUGAUUAUUUCUACACAGUUGGAACUCCGAUUCCUUUUGAACUAGCGCGGAUGAACAUUGGAAACGCCAUGGAUUUACCAUCGGGGAUAUUUACGGCACCACGACCGGGAACUUAUUUCUUUUCAUUCACGGGACUGACGAAUUUGCCAGAUUCAUCAUCUAAUCCUUAUAAUUAUGCUCAGUUUGAAGUUAAGCUUAUUUUAAACGGACAGUCAAUCGGGACUGGUUAUCUUGAAGAGGGAAACACCAUUAAUAAUCAAAACGAUCAAGUUACCAUUCAUUCGACGCUGAACUUGAAAAGCGGAGACCGAGUCUGGGUGGUGAUUGCAGCAAUGGCAACAGGGGCGUUUCUGUUUGACAGCGAUUACCAUUGCACCCAUUUCAGCGGAUUCUUGUUGGAUGAGGACAUAGUCGCCUCCCUUUGAGAGCAAAAUUAUAAUCGAUUGACCAUGGAGAUAACAAAUUUUAAAUGCUGUACUAUCAAUGAUAUCGAAAGCUAGCGGUAAACAACUACAAUUUCUUUAAAAAUUAAAAUUUUAACAACCUUUUUUAACGACGAUUACAUGAUUAUUAAAUUUUAAAAACGUGGGUGAUAAAUAAAAUCAAUUGAAGU